AUGUCCCCUUUGCCUGCCAGUCGUGACCAUACGUCUAGUUCUACUCCUCUUUUAGACGGCAAAGGGGGUACACACUCAGCAGCAAAAGGAGGAAAGUCAACGAAAAGGACGGGUCCUAACUAUGGCGCUUUUGAAUCAAAUUAUCCCCUCUACUGCAACGACCGUUUCAUCGGCCGCAUUCCAUCGAAAUCUUUUGUCCCUCCUCAUACCGUGGCGUCUAUUAAGUGGUCCCUGUGCAAGCUUGAGGGCCUCUCGGAGCCCGACAAGGCGCUUCUCUUCACAUCACUCUCAAGCCCAGCACCCAAAGAAGACUCUGCCCGUCUUUCUUUGUACGCUCCUUCUGGGCCAGGCCUGUCCGAAAAAGAUUUGAUCGUCUUGGUUGUUGAGUCGGAGAAGAGGACCAAGGAGGUCUCGCAGUCGGAGAAGCUGCCGGAACGCUCUGAUGAUACCAAUAUCCACUACGGCAAGUCUUUAUGCUAUCGUGUUUACUCAUCAGAAGGAGGAGAUAAAAAGGCAAAGACAUCCUUUGAUGAAAGCGACAUUUCUCUAGGACGAGUCAACACCCUCCUCGUCGCUCCCCCUCACACCGCUGGCUCUUUGAAAGCAUGCAUCGCAAAGGUGGAAGGCCUUGUAACGCCAGAUCAUGCGCUCUACAAGGACAUGGAACUCUUCCAAGACAUGAAUAGCGACACAGCCAUGAUCGACACUGACGUGAUAUCCUUUCAAGAUGACACUUAUCCAGGUAGCGAUGAAGGUGAUCCUGUAGCCCUUGCCAAUGCAACCGUCGAUACAGCAGCGGACCAAAAGGCUAAAUCUACCUCAGAUGGACCAGAUCCAAAAUUCCCGAAACGCGCUCGAUUAACUUUUACUUACAAGGGUUAUCGAGGCUUCAUGGCGAUCAACUCAAAGGGUGAAAAAGGCUUCGUGUAUGAGCACUGUAUGCUUUCGGAAUGGGAUAUGUCAGGACUUAGGCUCAGAGGGGAUCGGGAUGCCAGUACCGUAUACCUGUUAGUAUGUAACACAAGAAAUGAGGAUCUGAUUGUGAAAAACGAACACGCACUUUGCUACUCAGAGAUUCAUAUGAAUCAGUACAUACCGGGGUCUAUUCCGAGACCUACUUCCACUUAA